CCAAGGGAGCUUGGUUAUUGGCAAGGCGACGGAGUGGGGGUGGGGGCUCCCCGACCCUCGGGGAAGCGCGGCGCGGGCUGCCGAGCCGAGCCCUGAAUACCGGCUCCCGGCGCGCGCUAAGGCAGAGUGGGGCGGGCGCUGCGGGCGGCCUCCAGGCCCCGGGGGGCUCGCCGGGGAGGAGCUGGGGAGGAGGCCGAAGCUGCAUGGAGUUUCUAGGGCGCGCAACUCCGGCGGGGCCUCGGCCACUGGGCUCCCGGGCGCUGCGAGGCAGCCGCGCACAUGGGCUGAGCCCGCGCGCUGGGGCUCGGCACGGCCAGCGGGAGCGGGAGGGGUAGAGGAGCGCGCCGUGCAGGGUGCGGGGCACGCGAGCCCCAGACGGGAGCCGAAGACAAGGACAGGGAGGCACGCGCCCACAUAGUGCUCCAAGCCGACGAGGGACUCGCGCUGGCUCGGCGCGCGCUUGGGGAGCGGCCUGGGGCGCCGUGGGAGCCGGCGGCAGCGAGGAUGCCGGCGCGGGGACGCGGCCGCGGGCUGGGUGUGUGAGUGUGCGGCCAGAGCUGCCCGCCGGCGCCCGCAUCCGCGCCGCCCCCUCCCUGCCGGCCUCUGAGGGCGCCCCCAGCUCCGCGCCUCCGCGCCUCGGAACCCGGGCUUCAGGGCUGUGGGCCCGCGCGGCCGGCCCUGGCCCUGCGAGAGGGAGAAGAUGCCUUUCCACCAUGUGACCGCUGGCCUGUUGUACAAGGGGAAUUACCUCAACCGGUCUCUCUCUGCUGGCAGCGACAGCGAGCAGCUUGCAAAUAUCUCUGUGGAGGAGCUCGAUGAAAUCCGAGAGGCCUUUCGGGUUCUGGACCGAGAUGGGAAUGGCUUCAUCUCCAAGCAGGAGCUGGGAAUGGCCAUGCGCUCUCUGGGGUACAUGCCGAGUGAGGUGGAGCUGGCCAUCAUCAUGCAGCGCCUGGACAUGGACGGGGAUGGCCAGGUGGAUUUUGAUGAAUUCAUGACAAUUCUUGGCCCGAAACUGGUGUCUUCAGAAGGCCGUGAUGGUUUUCUUGGAAACACAAUAGAUAGCAUAUUCUGGCAGUUUGACAUGCAAAGGAUAACUCUGGAAGAGCUGAAGCACAUCCUCUAUCAUGCCUUCCGGGACCACUUGACAAUGAAGGACAUUGAGAACAUCAUCAUCAACGAGGAGGAGAGCCUGAACGAUACCUCGGGGAACUGCCAGACAGAGUUUGAAGGCGUGCACUCCCAGAAACAGAACCGGCAGACCUGCGUGCGGAAGAGCCUCAUCUGCGCCUUCGCCAUGGCCUUCAUCAUCAGCGUCAUGCUGAUCGCCGCCAACCAGAUCCUGCGGAGCGGCAUGGAGUAGCCGCCGCCCGCCGCCCGCCGCUGCGGUCCCCGCUCACUGCGCAUGCGCACGCCCUGCGGGCCGACUCUUCCUCCACAAAAGCAGAUCUGGACGAUGCAGACGUGGCUCAGUUCGGCGAAGAACCCAAGGUUGCAGUGCAACCUCUGUUGCAAGUCCACUUCAUCUCCUUGGCAGGGACACAAAAGGGCUGUCUUCAAUGCUUUAAUGGUUUUGUUUCCUAAUGCAAUAAAUAGCCAGGAGUUCCGAGUGAUCGCUUCAACCACCUGCAGAAACUCCGCACAGGAACUUCAUUUUCAUCUCGGAAUUCCAGUGGCCAUGCGGGCCAGUGGUAAGAGAGCAAGGGAGAGGCGUGAACACGCAGUCACCUCCCCGCCCCGUCCUUUCAACCCAGGGGGCAACUGGAGACCCCCCAGGGCAACCCAAGGGGUGACUUCAGGGUUGCCGCAGACGAGGGGGCUCUCCACCUGUCCCUGGCUUUCCUCCUCCACCUAGUGGAGCGCCCCCCAAGGCGUGAGGGGAAAGCUGUCGGAGGGGUGCAGGACCUGCAGCUGCUUCCGUUCUUACAGCCUUUCUACAGGACUCUAGCUGGCAGAGCUGGGGAGGUCUCGGUUUCCAUCUGCACUUGGCUUUCAGUUCCUAGAGCCCAUCACGCACCAGCAUUUUGGAAUCUGCAGAGAGCCUUCCUCCCAGCUGUGCUGCUUGUGCUGCCAUUAAAGAACAAAGAAGCAUACUCGUGGGCAUCUCUAUAAUCACAUAGACACGUAGAUAGGUGUAUCUAUUUGGCUUCUUCAUGUGUGGCAUCAUUCUUCCCUAAUCACUUACUCCUCAUAUAAGCUAAUCCUCCGACACGCAUCCCUGCCUCUUUUGGGUGGGAGAGGUCGUUUGGGGGACGGGACUGAGACUGGUGGCGAGGAGGUGUUGCAGCCCACGCCCCAGUCUGCAACAAUGGAGCCCGCACACGUCUCCCUGCCAGAAGACCUCUGUAAGUUAAGGUCCUCACGCAUCUUACCUUUUUCUCACCUUACAGUUGGCUUGGUCCGUUAGUCUUCCCCAGAUAAAAAGAGGAAUACAAUCCAGAGUGGAAAGAUCAAACUACUGUAUUUUCCAUAACAUCUUCGGGCAUUCAGAUCCUGCAACUGACUCGCUUCCAUGAGAGAAAAACAAAACAAAACAAAGAGAUGUUAAUAAGCUUAGCCAUCAGGACAGGCCACUUAUCCUGCCUGCGGAAUACUUUUUUCGGGGAAGGAAAUGGAAUGCAGUGGUCUGUUUUCAACACCAUUUCAAGUCUGUGAUUUCCUGACUUUUCCUACGUGUCAUAUCAGCCACCACUAUUAAUUCAAGCUUGCAUAGUCUGGUUAGCCAAUACCCUCUCAAUGGAACAUUUCCCUUCGUACUUUUCCAAGCUCAGGUCUUUAUUUCUAUGAUGGAAUCGUCUUGCUCCUCUUGCAUCCGAAAGCUUUGAGGUUCCAGAACCUUUCCUCUCUCACUGCAGCCAGGUAGGCUUUUUGGUGGGGUGUGUGUUCCUGAACCUCUCCUCGAGCUCCCCUCCUCCCCCCUCUCCGCUUUCUCCUUACUGCCUUCUCGGACUUGGAGCAUCCACGGUCUCAGCUUAGGGUCUUCUUCCAAUGCACCUCUGUCAGCGCUUCAGGCAACAGCCUGGGGGCAGCUGUAGGAACUCCCCCACUGUGGGAGACCGAGAAUAUCCAUGAUGAGCACAAGAAAAACUAGGGUUUGAGCCAUAGUACAGAGGAGGGAGCAGGUGUAAGCUUUCGAGAGUCUAGGGGUAUGAGAGUCUCUCUGGGAAAAUGCCUGGGGCCCCGCAUAUCCAGGCCAGGAAAGCACCAGCCUGCCUGCCCACCCUGCCCUGCCACAGCACACCUGCACAUCUGCCUCUCCUCUCUCCCCUUGCCUGACUCACCAUGCCCCCCCGCCCCCCGCCAUCAGAAUCCUGAACAAGAACAGGUCCAACCAUAGCAUGCUAAUAGGACAGCUUCAUCGUUAGCUGCUGCCCAAAGCAGCUGGCCCUCUCUAUCUGAAUUGAACUUAGGUGGGAAGGGCCCCUGAACCACUAGACUACAUUAUACUGGGGGAGGGGGUGCAGGGUCCUAAGUAGACUAGAUGGAGACCCCAGGGACGAUUCUUAAAGGACUGUGCCCCACGAGAUGGGAUUGCAAUGCUCUAGGUGAGGCUGGACUUCUUCAAAGGCUGCUGUUCUGCAGGUUCUUCUGCCUCCCACUGGAGAACAGGGACCCUGAUGAUGUGAGGGUUAGCCUUUAUUGAAAGACAGAUUAGCCACCGUGCAAGGGUAGAGAUUAAAAGAGUUCCCACAAGGCACCAACAGACUGUUCCCUACAAAGUCCUCCCCCCAAAGAGGACUUCUUUCCUCUCCCAGUGACCUAGUGCCCGGGAAGACAGACAUCCUACCUGGAGGAAAUCCAGGAGAGUGCAUUCUUUGUGGGAGUUGCUAGGGAGAGGGGACACGAAGGAAUCCACAGCACUCUCUUGGAUGGGCUAGAAGUUAACCUCCUCCAUAACCUCAGGUGUGUCCCACAGGCUGCAGGGUGUGGAGACAACCCAGAGUAGUGGCCUUCCUGAGACUUUGGGAGCUAAGAGCUCAUCCCAGUGACUUGCACCCUGGCUCCUUUGUCUGGAUGGUCUUUGUCAGGCAGCUCAGGGUGUUGACUUCCCCCAACCCCACCCCCCAGUCCUGUCCACACCAGUGCCCUCCAGGGCCCCAUACCUGUCAGCAUCCUCACCACAGGGGUUGUGAUGUUCCUGGAUGAAGACUCUAGAAGAUCCUGGUCCCCCAGGCCUUGUGGCCCCAGUGGGAGGUGACCUCUGCAGGAAACGAGAGGGAGGACAUCAACUCUCCCUCUGUGCUCUUAGCUAAUAGACAUAGCGGCCUAUUCUGAGUGACUGGCAAAUUGAGUUUGGCUCAUUCUUGUUGCAAGAAUGGGUGCCCCCCAGGCCACACAGGGAUGAUCAAGGAGGCAUUCUGCCUGAGAGACAAGAAA